GCGGCUUCACACUCCUAUGUAUUUUUUCCUGAGCAACCUGUCCUUCCUUGAUAUUUGCUACUCCAGCAAUUUAGUACCUUUUCUGUUGUUCAAUGGCUUAUAGCACCAUUUCCUAUAAUAGCUGCUAUGCCCAGAUGACCAUUGCUCUUUUUCUGGGGAUGACAGAGUGUCUUCUCCUUGCUGUCAUGGCUUAUGACAGAUUUGUUGCAAUCUCCAAUCCCCUGCGCUACACCAUCAUUAUGAACAACAGGAUCUGCAUACAGUUGGCCAUGGUGACCUGGGCCAGUGCCUUCCUUAUGGCAGUAAUACCAAUCAUUGCAAUUCCUGCCCGUUUUUGUGGACAGAAUGUCGUCAACCAUUUUAUCUGUGAGCUGCAGGAAUUGUUGAAGCUUGUCUGCUCGGACACCCCAGGCAGACUCAUCCUGGGUCUAGUCAUCAGCAUAUUCACCUUACCACUGCCUUUUACCUUUAUCUUCUUCUCCUAUGCUCGCAUUGUGGUUUCUGUGCUGAGGAUCAACUCUGCAGAGGCCAGACUCAAAGCUUUCUCCACCUGUGGAUCCCAUCUGACUGUGAUCAUCAUAUUUUAUGGGACAGCCACCUACAUGUACUUGACACCUCAGUCAAAAGAAUCCCAAGACGAGGGGAGAAGUCAGACAAGACUUUAGAGAGAAAUAUGUUACAUCUGGAAGUGGAGAACAAGCUACAAGAAGGUUUCCAACAUGAAGUCAAGACUCUAGAUGAGUAGAAAGUGUAAGAAAUUAGAAGAGCAACUGAUCAGUUAGAGUUACAUUUGUUAGGUGCCUCUAUAUUAAAUGUUUACUGUGAAAUUUGCCUUCUUCAAAUCUUUCUUGUAUUACUGAAUCAACAAGUCUGAGUCAUAAUAAACAAGUAAUACUUUGGAACUACCCUAGACCUUGGGAAACGUGUUUAAAUUUCUUAUCUCUGCCAAACAGCAGUUAUGACUCGCGGCUGAUAAUGGGCAACUCUGCGUCUCUGUACACCAUCUCCUCACAAGGUGUGCCAAAAUCACAAAACAACAUCUUAGAAGGUUGAACUGACCCCUUAAAAAAUCAACAUCGCUGAAAAAGGAGCUUCAUGCUGUGUACUGGCAGCAGCAGAGCAAACAAAAUGCU